AUGGCAUUGAGUCAAGCUGCAGCACUGGUCGAGAAAGUCAUCGGCCACGGCAAUAAUGCAACCACGGAACAAGACCUCACCAACCCGGCCCGAGAUCGUGCAAAGUAUGCCGACCCUAGUGGCGAAACAAUGAAGGCUUUGGUCUGGAUGGGGAAGAAUGAUGUGCAAAUUCAUGAUGUCCCAAAACCACGAGUUGUAGAACCAAGAGAUGUUAUCCUAAAAGUUACGGGAAGCACAGUUUGUGGCUCCGAUCUUCAUCUUUUGCACGGAUCUGUGGUGCAAAUGGAGAAGGGAGAUAUCCUUGGUCAUGAGUUCUGUGGUAUUGUUGAGUCGAUGGGGUCGAGCGUGACAAAUUUGCAAAAGGGAGACCGAGUUGUGGCAUCUUUUCAGAUCGCUUGUGGUGAGUGUUAUUACUGCCAGAAGAAACAAUCAUCUCAGUGCGAGAAGACAAACUCCAAUACUAUGGAGCAAGGCAUGUACGGCGGUCGGACUGCUGGUAUGUUUGGUUAUUCUCACUUUACAGGUGGCUUUGCAGGAGGACAAGCCGAGUACGUACGUGUUCCAUACGGCGACGUGAAUCUCCUCAAGCUACCAUCAAGCGUGCCAGAUGAAAAAGGACUUUAUCUCUCAGAUGUUCUGGCCACUUCCUGGAACUGUGUCGUAGAUACAGGCGUCGAAAAGGACGACGUUGUUGCGAUAUGGGGAGCAGGACCUAUUGGUCAAAUGUGCGCCGAUUUUGCCUUCAUGAACGGAGCAUCGCGCGUGAUCAUGAUAGACAGCAACUGGAGGCUUGACUUUGUAAAGUCCAAGACACCGAAGGUGGAACUUUUAGACUACACCGCUUUGCCUAGAGGGACAUCGGUUACAGCAAAGCUGAAAGAGAUGGUUCCUCGGGGUCCGGAUGUGGCUCUUGAAUGCGUGGCCGGCGAAUAUGCGAAGGGGUGGGCUCAUUACUUCGAAUUGAUGCUCGGGAUGGAGACGGAUACUUCCGAAAUCGUCAACGAGAUGAUCACAUCAGUGAAGAACUUCGGGAGAUGCGGGAUCACAGGCGUUUACGUUGGUUUUACAAACCACUUCAACAUUGGUUCGUUGAUGGAACGAGGAGUCCGUCUUAUUGGGAAUGGACAAGCCCCCGUACACAUGUACUGGGAGAAACUUUGCAAGAUGAUCGAGAGUGGAGAGAUCGAUCCACUUAAGAUGGUCUCUCACAGAGUCGAUAUUAGCGAGUUGGACGAGGUGUACUACAAGUUCGAGAAGAAGGAAGACGGCAUGCAAAAGGUUUUCGUGCAGACGAGAUUUUCUGCACCGCCAGCGCCUGGAACUCCUGCUCUUACAACUUAUAAGACGUAG